AUGGGGCUCGAAUAUAUAGGCGACGACGGCUUCGCCUCGCAGAGUGUUCUUUUCCAUGGGAGCGGCUCGAUCACCGGUUAUCGCCCUUCCAUUUUCGACAUGGGUAGUGGUUAUCUUGCGGCGUCCACGGAUUUCAAACAGCCGCUAUGCGGUAACGAGGAGGGAUGGGGACCCAUGAGUCCCUUUCGAUAUGACUUCACGCCGUGCUUUAUCGACGUGUGGGUGGCUUCGGUUGCGGCCUUUGGUCUGGUUGCCGGAUCUGCCGCGGUAUGGUGGUUAGCAAAGAGGAAGACACCAACUCCAGUGGCCAAGGACUGGCAUUUCUGGUUGAAGCAGCUACCCAAGAUCUGGUAUGGCGAUUUCAGAAUUUGGACCACCGCCGGAACCAUUUUCUCGCUCUUCGUCAUCUUCGCCAUCCAGUGGCUCGAGCACUCGCGCCUCCGCAAUGCCAACGGCGUCGUCCUCUUCUACUGGCUGUUCCUCCUCAUCGCCCUUGCAGUCAAGCUCAGGUCCCUCAUUUCUCAGCAAAUCUACGUCAAGAACGAGGCCUACUUCAUCACCUACUGCAUCGGCUUCGGUCUCUCCGUGGCCGAGUUCGGUUUCGAGUGGUUGUGGCCCAAGAAGGAUACUACAUAUGAGGCCCUGAUCGACGAGCCAGAAUGCCCGGUGGACUAUGCGACCGUCUUCUCCAGACUGACUUUCUCGUGGAUGACUCCCUUGAUGAAGCAUGGCUACGCCCAAUACCUGACCGAGGAGGAUCUUUGGGGACUGGCAAAGAGCGAUACGACCAAGGCUACAGGUGGAGCGUUUGCCAAGGCAUGGGACCAUGAGUUGAACAACAGGAAGAAGCCCUCCCUGUGGCUCGCCCUUUUCCGUGCUUACGGCGGUCCCUACAUCCUUGCUGCCGUCUUCAAGAUUGGAAACGAUCUUUCGGCUUUCGCGCAGCCCCAGCUUCUUAGGUUCCUGAUCAGCUUUAUUGACUCUUACCGUGAUGGACAGGAGCACCAACCCGUGAUCAAGGGUAUUGCCAUCUCCCUCGCCAUGUUUGCAGUUGCCACUUUCCAGACCACCAUGAUCCACCAGUACUUCCAGCUCGCUUUUGAGACUGGCAUGAGGAUCAAGGGUGGAUUGACUUCGUCCAUCUAUAGAAAGGCGCUCAAGCUGUCGAACGAAGGCCGUGCCAGCAAGUCGACCGGAGACAUCGUCAACUACAUGGCUGUCGAUGCUCAGCGUCUCCAGGACUUGACCCAAUUCGCCCAGCAGGCGUGGUCUGCCCCGUUUCAGAUCACCCUCUGCAUGCUUUCCCUUUACCAGCUUGUUGGAUGGUCCAUGCUUGCUGGUAUUGGAGUUAUGAUCAUCAUGAUUCCCAUCAACGGCAUGAUCGCAAAGUUCAUGAAGAACCUACAAAAGCAGCAGAUGAAGAACAAGGACGCCAGAAGCCGUCUCAUUGCUGAGAUUGUCAACAAUAUGAAGAGCAUCAAGUUGUAUGCAUGGGGCACGGCCUUCAUGAACAAGCUGAACUACAUCCGUAACGACCAGGAGCUCAAGAACCUGCGCAAGAUUGGUGCUGGCCAGGCUGUCGCCAACUUCACCUGGUCUACCACCCCUUCCUUGUAUCAUGCUCGACCUUUGCCGUCUUUGUCUGGACCCAGGACAGGCCUCUGA